AUGGCGGCGGUGCAAAAUACAGGAGCCGACUUCACGAAUUAUCCACACCUUGACGCCAACGAGUUCGCAGAGGUCUGCCACCACCUCGAUCGGCGCUAUCUCCAAGCAACUCUUGGUCCUGUGAGGCGCAGGUGGAAGUUCAGGGUCUGCAGGGCGCUCGACGUAUUGCCCUCUACGUCUGCCGAAUACACGACUUAUGUCCAGAUCGUCCGGCCACUAGAUGGCGAGCUCGAUGAUGGAGACUUAUCAUCAUGUUUAGACAGCUUUUCGUUCGGUGAUGAAGACAAGGACAUGACAAGCACAGAGGAUCAUGAGAUGGCGGAGGCAGAGCAGGCGGAUUCAGCAGCUAUCCAUCAGGUGCAAAGGCCAUCAUAUUUCGGUCUGCAUGGACUGCCAGCAGACGAGGCGGCCUUCAACAUCGACACUGUCUUCCGCCGUCUGGUGCCAGACCAGUACAAACACGGACUUCGGAAGCUGGGCGGAAUCGGUGGCAUAUCAGCGGAUCAUCACCCUCUCACGGGUGUCCCCAGCUUCUUCGUCCAUCCAUGUCUCCUCGGCGAUCAGCUGUCGGACUUCGACUGCUCUAAGGAGAACUACCUCAUGGUGUGGCUAGGCCUUGUCGGGGGCUGUGUUGGACUUUGGGUACCGAAAGAAAUGGCUUUGGAGUAA